AUGGUUGAGAUCAUAUCCGGUAUGCGAGUCAUCAAAAUGUAUUCCUGGGAACAGCCCUUCGCAGACCUCGUGGCUGAGGCACGAAAAUACAGUAUGACCUGGUACUUCCCACAGACAAUCAUGUUUGGCGCCGAGUUAUUAGAAAGCUCGUAUCCAACCCUACACAAUAUUUCGGUGCAUUUAAAACCCGGGGAUUUAUUGGCUGUGAUCGGACCGGUGGGGGCGGGAAAGAGCUCAUUAUUGAUGACAAUCCUGAAAGAGCUGCCGGUGCUAUCGGGAAGUAUAGAAACGGUGGGAUCGAUAAGCUAUGCCUCUCAGGAGUCCUGGAGUUUCAAUAAUAGUGUUCAAAAUAAUAUACUUUUUGGUACCAAAUAUAAUGAAUCCCGAUAUAAAAGAGUGGUAGAGGUGUGCGCUUUGAUGCGAGACUUUGAGUUAUUUCCGUUCGGAGACAAGACAUUAGUCGGUGAGAGAGGAGUACAGCUAUCGGGGGGACAGAAGGCCCGCAUCACGUUAGCCAGAGCUCUGUACCGGAACUCAGACAUCGUAUUAAUGGACGACCCGUUGAGUGCUGUCGACACUAGUGUUGCCGAACAUAUAUUUAAUAAGGNCGACGAGGGAAAGUGUCUGGGAUUGGGAUCCUAUGAUGAGCUCCAGUCCCGGGGCUUAGACUUCAUGUCUAUUCUCAGCGAUCGGGAGAGGGAAGCGGACGAUAAGGCAGAGCAGAAUAAAGAUUCAAACAAACUGAACAGUUAUGACAAUCAGGAACGUCAAAAGACAUGA